AUGGCAUCCGUUUACAAGACUAUCUCAAAGAAGGCAGCUCGUCAGCUCGCCAAGGAGGAGGAGUUCGAUGAGGAGGAUAUCGAGAUGGAGGAACUUCUCGACAACGCCGACGACACCACCGACAGCGAAAGCGAUGAAGAAACUACGACCGAAUCGGCCAAGAAGCAGCUCGCUCAAGGAUUCAUGCCCAAGACUCGUGUACUGAUGCUAACCUCUCGAGGUGUGACAUACCGCCAUCGACACCUGCUCGCCGACCUUGCGUCUCUGCUUCCUCACACUCACAAGGAAAGCAAACUUGACACCAAGAAGAAGACCGCUGGAUACAAUCUGCUCCUUAACUCUCUUGCCGACCUUCACUCCUGCAAUGUGAUUUUCUUCCUCGAGGCUCGUAAGCAGGGUCAGGACUUGUACCUCUGGCUUGCUCGUCCUCCCAAUGGCCCGACGAUCAAGUUCCACGUCGCCAACUUGCACACAAUGGCUGAAUUGAAUGCUGGAUUCAGCGGCAACUGCCUCAAGGGUGGCCGUGGUCUUGUUGUUUUCGAUCGCUCUUUCGACGAACAGGGUCCGCUCAUGAGCCAACCCGGCAACGAAUACCGGGGUCUGAUCAGAGAGAUGCUGCGCGGUGUCUUCUGUGUCCCUAAGCGUGGUGUCAAGGGCAUGAAGCCAUUCAUUGACCGCAUCAUCGGUGUCUUCGGUGUCGAUGGCAAGAUCUGGAUUCGAGUCUACGAGAUCCGCGAGUCCGAACCCGGAAAGAAGUCUGAGGAUGGUGCAGAUGCCAAGCCCACUCCCAAGAGCAAGGACGGUCAGCCGGAGGUUUCUCUGGUCGAGAUCGGCCCCCGUUUUGUUCUUACGCCUAUUGUCAUCCUGGAGGGCAGCUUUGGCGGCCCUGUCAUCUAUGAGAACAAGGAGUACGUGAGCCCGAACCAGGUCCGUCGCGAGGUCCGCAUGAGCAAGGCGGCUCGCUACGCCAAGCGCAGAGAUGGGCAGACCGACCGGUUCGCGAAGCGGUCGAACCUGGGAUUGGGAGAAGGCGAGAGGAAGCCGGAUGCGCUCGACACAAGGCAACUGUUCAAGUGA